CCAAAUCUCAUCUCAUCUUUGUAUUUUUAAUCAAUUAGUAAUAAAACAAUAAAAAUCCUUAGCCAUGGCGGUCUCUACUAGGCUUGUGUUAGCUAUACUCUUCUCUGCUUUUCUCUUAUCUGCAGCAAAUGCAUAUAGAGAAUAUCCGGUUCAGCAAGGUCAGCACGGUCAGAGAAGCAUUCCUCUGACUCAAGCUCAACAAUGCCGCUUACAGAGGCUUACUGGAACUCAGCCCUCUCAGCGCAUUGAGUCAGAGGGCGGCUACACUGAGCUGUGGGACGAGAAUGAGGAGCAAUUCCAGUGUGUUGGAGUUGCUCCUAUGAGGAGUGUUAUUCGCCAAAAUUCUCUCUCUUUGCCUAAUUUUCAUCCCAUGCCUCGCUUGGUUUAUAUUGAGCAAGGCAGGGGAUUGAUUAGCGUUAUUAACCCUGGUUGUGCUGAGACUUUCCAAUCUCAGACCUUCCAGGCUGGCCGAAUGACAGGUGAAGAGAGGGGCCAGAGCCGCGGAAAUGACCAGCACCAGAAGGUCCACCGCAUUCGCCAAGGUGAUGUCGUGGCAAUUCCAGCUGGCGCUGCUCAUUGGUGCUAUAACGACGGUGAGGAAGAGCUUGUAGCCGUCUCCAUUAACGAUCUCAACCAUCGGUCCAACCAGCUUGAUCAGAACUUCAGGGCAUUUUACUUGGCCGGUGGAGUACAAGAAAUUAGUGGAAGGCAAAUUGGUGUAGGAAAGCAAAGCACACAGAAGUUCCAGAACAUUUUCCGUGCUUUUAACACAGAAUUGAUGGCAGAGGCCUUCAACAUUCCCGUAGAGAUUGUGAGGAAGAUGCAAGAAGAACAGAACGAACGUGGACUAAUUAUUAAUGUCAGGGAAGGAAUGAGCAUGAUUAGGGCCGAUGAAGAAGAAGAGGAAUUCGAAGGGCGAUCACAACGAGGACAACAAUGGUGGGCGCAAGUUACUGGAAAUGGCUUGGAAGAAAACAUUUGCACAAUGAAAAUCCGCACCAACAUGGAUACUCAAAGACGAGCUGACAUCUACUCAAGGCAAGCUGGCAAAAUUAAGCAUGUUAAUCGCCAAAAACUUUCCAUCCUUAGAGACAUGGACAUGAGUGCCUCUAAAGGAACCCUAUAUCCGAAUGCACUUAUGAGUCCUCAUUGGUCUGUGAACGGACACAGCAUUAUCUACGUGAAAAGAGGAGAUGCACAAGUGCAGGUAGUAGAUCACACCGGGCAACAAGUGAUGAACGACAGGGUAAAUCAAGGAGAAAUGUUUGUAGUCCCUCAAUACUAUGCCUCAACAGUGAAAGCAGGGCAAAAUGGAUUUGAAUUCGCGGUGUUUAGGACAAGUAGUCAACCAAUGAACAGCCAACUUGCAGGUUACACAUCAGUGAUUAGAGCAAUGCCUAUUGAAGUCCUCACAAACGCGUACCAGAUAUCGCCAAAUGAAGCACAGCGUUUGAAGAUGAACAGAGGAGGAGAGAGUUUCCUGCUAUCUCCCCAGAGAAAGUCAUUCUGAAAUGGCUUUUAAUGUGUAAUAAUCCCACCUUGGCUAUCGCCUAGUAGUACUGGUUUGUAGUCUUUGUUUUUAGGCAAAGAUGAAGCAAGAGCGACUUGUAUUUAGGAGCAAAUAAUGUAACGAAUAAAGCUCCUGCCUUUUUUGUACCUAAAUUUCAUCCAAGAUGUU